AUGCAGGAGCUAUUAAGAUAUGGAAAGAUGCUAGUAUAUAGCAAUAAUUACUUGAUAUGGAGUAGUGGAAGUACUUUGAAAGCCUUCUCAAUAUUAAAUAGUGAAGCUUAUCAAUUUAAGAUAAAUAGCAAAGACGACACUUUUAUUAAGUCAAUAGACACUAAUCUAGAUGGGCUUAUUUUGGUUUGUACAGAUGAUAGGGUAGUAUCUUUAUUUAAUCUUGGAAACUCUGGAUUUAGUUUAAUUGGGAGCUAUGGGCAUUCUAAAAGAGUUAGUAUAGCCCUAUUUAGCUUUUAUAAUGAUGAAAUCAUAGUUACAGACAAAUUUGGGGAUAUGUAUAUAAUUCCAAAGUGCAAGUUCAUUACUAUGGAGCAAGAAGUUGCGACAAGGAACAGCGAAGAUGAUUAUUCUGAUAAUGAAGCUGGUAACCAAGAUCGUCUGAAUAUAAUUUGUCCUAAGAUGGGUCAUCUAUCAACAAUAACAUUUGCUAUAAGGAGCUUAGACAAUAAGUUAUUGUAUAGCGGCAACAAAUCAGGUAAAGUAUGGAUUUCUAAACUUCCAUAUAUUCAGAUUACAGAAGCAAUUUUAUGUGGACAUAGCGACUCAAUAUCAUCUAUAUGUGAGGUAAGACUAAACAGUGAAACCUUUAUUGUAACAGCAUCUGCUGAUAAAUCCAUCAAAAUAUGGGAUAUUGAGAAGUGCGAAGAUAUUGAUUCACUUGACUUUGAAGAUAUCCCUAUUUAUAUUGAAUAUAUCCCAUCUUCAUGCAAUCUUAUUGUUCAGCUUCAAAAUAGUAAGGAAAUUCUAAUGAUUUCUAUAGGUAAUGACUCAAAUAAAAACAAAAGAUGUGUAUUUUUUUCAAGGAAAUCUAUUAUUCAUAUUCAUUUAAAGAAUAUCCCUUUGUAUAUUUUAGUUAUUGACUAUACAUACAUGAGGACAGAUUUUGAGUUGUGCAUGCAAACAUUAUCUCUGAAGAAUUAUUACAGAGACUCAGAUAUAGUUCAUGUACCAGGCCCAUGGCUCUGGUAUAUAGAAGUACUAGGUGAAUAUCCGAAGUUACCAGUUCCUUUAAAUCACUUAGAUCAAGCUGAAAUUGGAAGCUUCUUUAAGGCGCACACAUAG